ACCAUAUGAUGUAGCGCCACUAAUCAAUGUUUAAUCUUUGAGGUUAGAAAAAUUAAUUUCAAUUUUUGGUUUUUUUUUCAAUACAUAAUAAGAAAUUGAAAUGCUUACAUGUUCAGCGAAAUGUGGUAAAAAGGCCGUUUUAAAAAGGCCUAAAACUGGAGACGUUUUAUGCAAGGAAUGUUUUUUCGAAGCUUUCGAAAAUGAAAUACACUUUACAAUUACUAAAGCUAAAUUAUUUAAACCAAAUACUACUGUAGCAAUUGCGGCUUCUGGUGGUAAAGACUCCACUGUAUUAGCACAUGUAAUGAAAACAUUAAAUGAAAAAUUCAACUACGGACUAAAUCUAGUGCUUUUAUCAAUUGACGAAGGAAUAACUGGAUACAGAGACGAUAGUUUAGAAACAGUGAAACAGAAUCGUGAUGAUUAUGGGAUGCCUUUGAAAAUUAUGUCGUACAAAGAUUUAUAUGGUUGGACAAUGGAUGAAAUUGUAGCGGAGAUUGGUAAAAAGAACAAUUGUACUUUUUGUGGGGUAUUUAGGCGACAAGCAUUAGACCGAGGAGCAAAUUUAUUGAAAGUAAAUUAUUUAGCUACGGGGCAUAACGCUGAUGAUAUAGCAGAAACUAUAUUAAUGAAUAUCUUGAGAGGGGACUUAGCUAGAUUAAGUAGAUGUACUUCUAUCAUAACGGAUAAUGGAGAUGGUAUACCAAGGGUAAAACCUUUGAAAUAUUGUUUUGAAAAAGAGAUAGUAAUGUACGCUCAUUUUAAAAAAUUGGUUUAUUUUUCUACAGAAUGUGUGUUUGCACCCAAUGCAUAUAGAGGACAUGCAAGGGUACUGCUUAAGGAUUUAGAAAAAAUUGAUCCAACUGUGAUAAUGAACAUAAUUCAUUCAGGUGAAACUAUUAAAGUGAACACAACGGCAAAUAUGCCAAAAUUAACUAAUUGUACUCGAUGCGGAUACGUAUCCUCUCAAGAAAUUUGUAAAGCAUGCAUUUUACUGGAAGGUUUAAAUAAGGGAUUACCCAGAUUGGGAGUCGGAAAAUCCAGUAAAGUAAGAAGGAUACUUAAGGAACACGAGAAUAAAGGAAUUAGUACAGGGACAAAUCAAGAGAAUUGUGUUGAUAGAGAAGAUAAGAAAUGUUUGUGUUCUGGAAAACAGGAUUUGAAACAAAUAAAUAUCGAACGAAUUGUACUGGAAGAUUUAAAGUAGUGAAUUGUUGAAAUAAAUUAUUUUUUAUGAUA